CGAAGUCUUGCCCACGGCACUACUAUUCUGCCGAUCGUACAAACCGCGAAAGAACACUUUAUCAGGAAGCUCAUUCAGUUGCGACUCAAAAGUACGUGAAACAGUGUAAUCGAUUGAACCGAGGCUUACGUUUCCGGCGAAUUCUACGUUCUCUGCAAUAUGCCGCUGAAAGCCGUGUGCGUUUUGAAUGGCGAAGUAAAGGGAACGAUUUUCUUCGAGCAGAGUGGAGAAUCGGACCCCGUCAAGGUUACUGGGUCCGUUACCGGCCUGAAGCCAGGCGAUCACGGGUUCCAUAUUCACGAGUUCGGAGAUAAUACCAACGGAUGCAUGUCCACUGGGGCUCAUUUCAAUCCGCACGGCAAAACGCACGGCGCACCGGACGCAACGGAGCGUCAUGCCGGCGAUAUGGGCAACGUUGUGGCGGACGCUUCCGGUGAAGCUAAAGUGGAGUUGACCGUGCAGCAGAUUGCGCUCAGCGGACCUAUGAACGUGGUCGGCCGUUCGCUCGUCGUUCAUGCUGAUCCCGACGAUCUUGGACUAGGUGGACAUGAGCUGAGCAAAACCACCGGCAAUGCUGGGGCUCGGCUGGCGUGCGGCGUGAUUGGAUUGUGCAAAAUUUAAAUUCAUUCAACCGGCGAGGGUCUCAUCUGUCUGAAGUUGGCUGUUGAAGAAAAGACAACAUUUAUCUUAGAUCACAUCACACUCCGGAAGCUGCACACUAGGUGUGUCUUCACAAAUAUAUAUAUGUGCGUGUGUGUGCCUGUGUGCAUGAUUUUAAAAUCAUCAGUUCCGUGGGAAAGGAGAAUUUUCUAACCUGUACGUGAAUGGAUAUAAAAUUACAAUAAAAUCUGUCAUCCUUACGCUGUUCUACAAGAACUGGAAACAAU